CAGUAGUGCCCAGUCGUCCCCUUGUGUCGACGAGAACUGAGUUUGCCCGGAUCAAUACUUUCGGCAUUUUCAAUCCUCGUUUAUUCAAGGCGCGAGGAUUCCAGCAUUGUGCUAGUCUGUCACAGAACCCGGUGUUUUAUUCGUUACAGAUCGUAUCGCGUAUCACAGAAAACGUACGUCGUGCCAAAAAGUAAAAAGUAUAAAUAAAAGAGGCAAGGAAAACGAGCAGUGCAACAGACUAUUUUCCAACAUAACUAGGUUGAAAAUAAUAAAGACUUUCUCAACGCGUGAAUGCAGCAACGAUAACAUAUGAAUCAAUCAAGGCCUUGCUAGAUUCAAAUUCUCUAUACUCCUCGACAUGAUUUCGUUGGAUUCAAAAUUGGAUGCGGUCGCGUUGCAGAUUUAAAAAGUUUGUUAACCCUCUGACAAAUUCAUUUAAAAGAAAACAAUAAUCAUAGCGAUGACGUCUAAGGUUCUUGUUAAACUGCCGACAGUACCUUUUGCACAAACAAAGAAGCCUCAUGCUGAACUCGUUGCAGUGGCCAACAGAAAUGAGUUGGCUGUACAUCACAAGCAAACAAAUGAGAGCGGAGAUAGAGCAGCUCAGCUUGAGCAAAACAUGAAAUUUCUGCAGGAGCAACAUCAAGCAAUACUAGUUGCCUUGCAAAAGGAAGUAGAAACACUGCGUCAAAGAAACAGAGAUUUGCAGUUUCAACUUGUAUUUUCAAAUGGUCCAGUGAACACUGUGAGCAACCCUUCAUCUCCGGAAGAUACUGUAGCAGGAUUUGCAAAGUCCAAGGGCAGCCCAGGUUCCGUAAAUGUUUCUUCUCUUCAAGUUGAACUUUUGGAACGUGAUCUUCAAGACCUGAAAGUCUCUCUUCAAGAAGCAAAAUCGCAAAAUCAAUACUUGAUUGGAAUUGUUGACCAGGAGAAAAAGAAAUUAGAUUCGCUACAGCGUUUGGCAGAGAAGCCAGCUGCUGCCGAAGUUGGUGUUCAAGUAGGGAGUGGCGUGCAAGCUUUUCAAGCAGACCUUGCCGCACGCUUAGAAGAUGCAGAAGCAAUGGUGCUUUGCUUACGUCGGGAAAACGAAGAUCAGCGAAGAGAAAUAGCUGCCAUGAAGGCAACAGCAAAUAAAAGUAAUGGAAACACAAGUGGACGUAAUCAUGGGAGUAACGGACAUCGAAGUCGAGGACAAGGCGGGGGUGGCAGUGGAGGGGGAGGACAGGACCAAAAUUCUCACAGAUUUCCACCAUUGCACAAUCAAAGUUACUGGUAUCACAGCUCUAGAGGAAAUAACAGCUUUGACCACAAUUCUGAGUACAGAGGUCGCGGUCGCCACGACAAACAAGGACAGGAUUCUGCAAAUGGAGGAGGUACGGUCUUACCACAGCUCCGCAGCAGCACAAACAAAGCUGAAAGCUUCAGUUAUCCGUCGUUUCAACAUAGACCACGAGGCUACCAUAACGGUGGCAGCUAUUAUUGUGAGGGAAAUCGCAAGUAUCGAGGCCAACGUUCGCAGAGAGAUUUUAAGGACAGGGAUUCCAGAGAGCCUAGGGAACAGCAAAAAGAUUAUAAGGAUACUUCUCGAGGGUCGAAAGAUGCCAAGAGCUCAAAAGAAUCGUAAAAAGAAUUGAAUUAUCUUGACAUCAUAUUGACAAAAGACUUUUGGAUAUUUAUACAUCUUGAUCUAUCCAUCUAAAAGACGUAAAUGCGCCUGGAAUUCACUUACAGUCUUUAUAACCGUUAUUGAACCAUCAAAUGUUUCACUUAAUUAGUGAAUUAGCCACUUGCUGGUGUUGUCUGAGCUUAGUACCGUGUGGCACGUGUAUUGCAAAGUUGUUGUCUUAGCUGUGCCAUUAUUAUUAUUAUUUAUAAUUAUUUAACAUUACACAGUCAGUGGUAUACCGCAACUAUAAAAUGCUGUAUUCUUAUUAGUGAUGUUCUAUACCCAGCUUUUUGUGCUUAGGGAAUCAAUCGGAUUAUCUAGUAAGAUAUACCUAUUGCUACUGCAACUCGGCUGGUUGUCGACCAACGUAGUUUAUUAUCGAAAGAAUGUAAAUUCGAAAAAUUAACGACGGAGUCAGGAAUCAAACCUGGCGUCUAGAGAUGCUUGACCGGAGCCUUACUCCACUAGACUACCUAGCCGCCCUGACUCUGUUGUCGUUAAUUUGUCUCAUCACCAGUGAGUUCGAAUUUGUUUUCCUGUGCCCUGUGUGUAGUUUAUUAUCAGUAAUAAUACAUCUAUUAUAAUGAUAAAUAUAAAACUUACCUAAUCGUUACGAUACGUAACUGAAAAAUUCAUUGGUUAGUUUAUUACAAAAUUUACUUUUAUUUUAUUUUACAUGGAGAAGAAAAACAACAGUUUAGAAAAUGAUACAGAAGUUUACAGUGAUAUACAAUACAAACUUAUAUCAAUAAAAGUAAUUCGUCUCAUUCAUUCGCUUCUGAACACUUGGCAACAUAAGAUAACUGAGAAUACGUUCGAAAUUAUCAUAGCCAUGUGUUGAAUUAAUAUCAUAAAUUGUUAGAGGCGAUAUAAGUAAUCUUACUUUCAACGUUACGUACGUGAAUCUAAAUGUAAAGCUUGUGUAUUGAUACUAGUACGUGUCUAUCAAAUUUGCGCUAAACUAUUUGUGGAAACCACGUACUUUGGUUAAAGUUAGGAAUGGUAAUAUGUCAGCAAAUAAAUUAGAAAGCCGAAA